AUGAAGUCGAAAAGAGUACCCCAGAAACGAAAGAAGGAAGAGAGCGACGAUGAGGGCGCGAUUGUCAAAGAUGGCAGUCUCACAUCGGCAGCUGAGAAUUUCUUCGAGGCGCUGUCUGAGGCCGGCAUCACUCACUGCUUUGUCAACCUGGGGAGCGACCAUCCCGCGAUGUUGGAAGCGAUGAUCAAAGCCAAGCAAGAAAAUAACCUCAAUUUCCCAAACAUUAUUACCUGUCCUUCUGAGCUAGUUGCGCUAUCAGCUGCACUAGGAUAUGCUCAAGCUACAGGAGUGCCGCAAUGUGUGAUUGUGCAUGUCGACUGUGGAACUCUCGCUAUGGGACAGUCCAUACAUAAUGCCUCCGUUAGCAGAGUCCCUGUCUUGUGUUUUGCUGGCUUGAGUCCUUUUACGCAGAAUGGCGAAUUGUUGGGUUCUAGAACAGAGUUCAUCCAUUGGCUGCAAGAUGUACCCGACCAAGCAGCGAUUGUCCGACAAUACUGCAGAUACACAGCUGAAAUAAAGACCGGACGCAAUAUCAAGCAGAUGGUCUCGCGAGCUUUACAGUUUGCUACAUCUGACCCUAAAGGCCCGACAUAUCUAAUGGCUGCGAGAGAGGUACUCGAAGAACGCGUGGGAAAGGAAUGCCUAGACGGAGAAAUUCUCAGUCCAGUCACUCCAAGCGCAUUGCCAGAGCAAGACGUGGAAUUAAUUGCGAGGGCGCUCAUGGACGCAAAGCGACCGCUUGUCAUCACGGGUUAUCUUGGUCGGAAUCUCAAAGCACCGGCCCUCCUAGCUGAGCUUUGUGACAAACUUCCAAUCAACGUUGUGGAGAUGGUUGGCUCGGACGUUUCCCUGCGAAGUGACCACGAAGCAUAUCGCGGCGUCACUGUCACAACUCAUCCAGAAGUUCUGAAGGCCGACGUUAUUCUUAUUCUCGAUUGUGAUGUGCCUUGGAUCCCUACUGCUGGAAAGCCUCGGAGCGGCACCAAAAUAUUCCAUCUAGAUGUCGAUCCGCUCAAACAACAGAUGCCACUAUUUUCAAUCAACGCCAUUCGUAAGCUUAAGGUUGGCUGUGGAAUUGCACUUCAACAAAUCAAUGCUUUCCUGGAUAACCAGGACAUCGACCAGGCUAAUUAUAUCCGAGAGUUUAAAGACCGAUCAAAGAACUAUAAAGCCUGGAGAAAAGCCCUACUAGCACUUGAAUCACCACCGGAAGAUGGUAUAGUCAGUGUGCCAUACCUGGCAUCAAGACUGCGAGAUUCUCUCCCCGAAGAGACUAUUUACGUUUUGGAGGCAGUAACCAAUGCAGGACAUCUCAUUCACCAUUUGAACCUGACCAGGCCAGGAAGUCUGAUUGCCAGCGGUGCAGGUGGUCUGGGAUGGGGAGGUGGUGCAGCACUCGGCGUCAAGCUAGGCAAGCCCGGCUCAUUCAUCUGUGCAAUUGUCGGUGACGGGGUUUAUCUGUUCUCGCAGAUGGAAAGCGUCUAUUGGAUCGCAAGGCGGUACGAUAUUCCCUUUCUCCUCAUUGUGCUCAAUAAUGGUGGAUGGAACGCACCAAAAGUGUCUGCACUUUUGGUCCACAAGGACGGUUUAUCGUCGAAGUCAAACAGACGAGAUCUCAAUAUCUCGUUUGACCCUUCUCCCGAUUAUCCUGGAAUCGCUGCUGCUUCUGGCAAGGCUUGGGGUGCGAAAGUCACUACGCAAAGCGAGCUCGAUCCUGCUAUCAAAGAAGCGACCGCUGUUGUUCAGGGUGGGAGAUGUGCUGUCAUUGAGGUUUUGGUACCAUCUAUGUGGAAGGAGACCUAG